GCCCCCAGGACCCUGCCCAGCCCAGGCCCCCCGCCCCCGGCCUACACCCCCCAGCAGACGGUUUCAUCUGCCAUGAAGUCCAACGGCUCGAAGAGCCCACUCCCAGACAAGCUGUACAGUACAGUAAACAAGCCUCGCUCGCCCCGUGCAGGUGGAGCCCCCCCCCCCACCUUCUCCUCGUCCUCCGUGCUGGGGGCGGGGCUGGGGGCGGGGCUGAGUGAACUGGACCACCUGCUGCAGGAGCUCAAUGCCACGCAGUUCAACAUCACAGAUGAGAUCCUGGCUCAAUUUCCCUCUAAGAAGGACGAGAUGAAAGACUUCCAGGGGCCCUCCCCCUCCUCCAGUCCAGUGAAGCCUUCAGCCACCUCAGCCACUCUGGAGCUGGACAAGCUUAUGGCCUCCCUGUCUGACUUCAGAGUCCAGAGCACGCCGCCUGCACCUGUCAAUCAAGUGGUCACUGUGCCCCCGCAGCCAGCCCCGCCCCCCCAGGCCUCAUCCGGAGGCUCAUUGGACAGUAUGCUUGGACUCCUCCAAUCAGACCUGAGCAGGCAGGGGGUCCCCACUUCCUCCAAGGGGAACUGCUCAGCCUGUCAGAAGCCUGUGGUGGGACAGGUGGUGACGGCGCUGGGGCGGGUGUGGCACCCGGAACACUUUGUGUGUACCGAGUGUGAGACGGAGCUGGGCAGUCGAAACUUCUUUGAGAAGGACGGCCGGCCGUACUGCGAGUCAGACUACUUCACCCUGUACUCCCCUCACUGUGCACACUGCAGCAAGCCCAUCCUCAACAAAAUGGUCACUGCCCUGGACAAGAACUGGCACCCAGAGUGUUUCUGUUGCGUCAAGUGCAGCCGGGCAUUUGGGGAGGAAGGUUUCCAUGACCGCGAGGGCCAGCAGUACUGCCAGCAGUGUUUCCUGUCUCUGUUUGCCUCCCACUGCCAGGGCUGCUCUCAGCCCAUCCUGGAGAACUACAUCUCAGCUCUCAGUGCUCUGUGGCACCCACACUGCUUUGUGUGCAGGGAGUGCUACAGCCCGUUUGUGAACGGCAGCUUCUUCGAGCACGAGGGCCAGCCGCUGUGUGAGGCCCACUACCACCAGUCCCGGGGCAGCCUGUGCCAGGCCUGCCAGCAGCCCAUCCUGGGUCGCUGCAUCACCGCCAUGGGCGCCAAGUUCCACCCCCACCACCUGGUCUGCCACUUCUGCCUCAAGCCGCUCAGCAAGGGCUGCUUCAAGGAGCAGGAGAACAAGCCCUACUGCAACCCCUGCUUCAUCAAGCUCUUCGGCUAACCCUCUCCCCUCUCCCCCCCCUGAGGUGAACUCCACACCUUAGAGAGACCAGCCAGGACUAAAGCCAUGAUUUUACAAAAAAAUAUAUUAAAAACGUUUAUGGUGUUGUACUUCAAUUCAUUCAUGUACUGUAUUGAUUCAAAUUGAAUAUUGACCACUGAAUUGUUCAACAAAAGAAGGUUUGGAGAGAUGAAUUAUUGAAUGCCAAAGUAAGGUUUUAAUGAAAGACUUGUACUGUAUAUAGUGCAAGUGAAACCCAUUUAAUAUAUUUGCUUUAUGUUACAAAAAUAUAAUUGUCACUGCUAAUGCAUUAUACUAUGUAUUAUGUAUGUUAAGUAUGUUGUGUAACGGACUAUUAUGCAUCGCCAUUGUAAUAGUGCCAAAGAUGUUUUUAUAUUCUCACAAUUUUGCUAUGCAAUUAUACAAAAUAAAAUAACUGCCUAAGA